UAUAUUUGUGUUCUGUGACAUAACCUAUGUACAUAAAACGGAAAAAAGCAAGUUUCUUUAAAAGUUAAAGCAAUAUGUCUCAUAUUCGAUCAAAAGUAGCAGUCCGCAAUAAUUGGACCACAUCAAAUAGUGGCCGACAAGUAAGCUUUUACUUGGCCAGUUUUGCGACCUGUGGCACACUCCUAGGGAACGUACUGCCCCAUAUAGGAGGUGUACCGUAUUACGUAGAUUUUGUGAGACUCUACAAUAAAGGCUUUGCAGUGCCUGUUCCUGACAAGCUCAACCAGAGGUUUCAAAGGGUUUUAGAUUUACUGAAGAUUGAUAAGGAUAAUAAAAUGAGAUUCAUACCAUUUAUGGCAUGUGGAUUUGAUAUGUUUAGUGCUGGAACACUUGGACGUUUUGGGAUCCACAUUGGAUUACCAGUAAAUUUCACAUAUGAUAAUGUUGAAAAUAUUGAUAAAUCAAAAAUAAAGCUAAAUGAACAAUCAGUCAUUUGGGAGUCAGAUGCAGGCAAAAGACUUUUAAAUGCCUUAAUAGUGCCAGAGAAUGGUCAAUUAUAUGCCAUAGCAAAGGAAAUAAAAAUGAGAGACAGCUAUAAAUUAUUUUUUGACACAUUUUAUGCUACUGCAUCAGUAUUUCUAACAUAUGCAGGCAGUGUGACCCUAAAUCAAAGACUAAACCUCUAUUCUAAGCCAAGGAGCCUGAGAAUUUUGGGAUAUUGUCUUAUUGCUUUUGUAAAUACUGCAAACUAUGUGAUGUUGAAGGAUCUGACUCAGCAUAUCUAUGAAGAAAAAAUUGACAAAGAGCUGAAAGAGUUAAGCCCUAUUUUUGCAGAAGGUGGAAAACAAUUUUAUACUCAAAUUUUGGAGAGAAAUAAGGCUUUAAGAGUAUUAAUGGGAAAGGAAGGAGAAGCAAAAUACACAGUGCUGGGCAAUGAGAAUUUUUUAAUAAGGACUAAACACUUGCCUUUGGUUCAGAGGAAAGCCUAUUUUGAAGAGCAAGAAAGUAGUAGUGAAACAUCACUUCUAAGCUAGUUUAAAUACGUAUAUUUUAUUGUGUGAAUUUGUGAUGUUAAUAACUAAAUGUAAAGAUAACAGUUGAAAUGUCCCUAUCUGCAUUAUAAGUGGUCUCAACAGUGUUACUUCAAUUUUGUUAAGAUGAUAGUCUAUGAAGAUGAUAAUAAAGUUGUUAGUACAGUA